CUCGUCGGGACCCGGUGACUCUCCGGUCGGCGAAGCGUGAACUCGACGAGUUUCGAGGCGCGAACCCGUAACGUCGAGUAUCGUAAACGAUUCGUACGACUCGCGUCACUAUGGCAGUCAGAUAAAGUCACCACGGUGGAGAUCCUCGGUGCACAAACAUCCGAAUCGUGACGCAAUCCGCCAGAGAAAGAGAGAGAGAGAGGGACAGAGUAAAAUGCCGGUCGGCCGCGGAGGGAUUUCGCGAUGACCCGUCUUUGUCUCGGUUCCAUCGUCGCGUCUCUCGGCACCGAUCCGCUCGGCGUUGUCCUCGCCCCUGCUGCCGUGAUCCUCAGCGAGCGUGUCCAGUGCUAGUGCGCCGCGGUAGGCUGUGGCGACGACAAGUGGGACCGUCCAGGAGACGCCGGCGUUCACCACGUCGAGGAGGAGCCUGAUCGUUCAGCCGAGCAUGGCCAACCUGGCGGGUAGCUCGACAGCGGGCCUCACCCGGCCGCCGACCAUGCUCGAGCAGCUUCUCGAGGAGAUCAACUUCCAGAGGACCAAGGAACUCCGGCAGAUGCUCAAGGAUGACUCCGGUUUCGUGGUGCUGCAAGGUACCACCUACUGGACGGACCUGUUCGUCCGGCAUUUCCUUUUCCAAGCGGAGCACACGAUCGACGGCGACGACCUGCUCUUCUUCGUUCGCAAGAAGCACGUGAAAACCUCGUCGAGGUACCUGCCGAAGUUCGAGACCGAGGUGGACGUUUUCCGCAAGGACAGCAAGAAACUGCCGAUCGGUGAUCCCGACAUCGACUGGGAGGAAACCGUGUACCUGAAUCUGGUCGUACAUCAGUUCGACUACACGCUCACGUUGGCGAUCUGCACAAGAACGAGCCCCAAGGAAUUGCAAGUUUUACGAAGACACUCGCAGAAGGUGUACGCGAGUCCUAGUCGACGUCGGAUGGACGCCAAGGGUGAUCUCGAAGAGAUGACCUACCCGCACAUAUGCUUCAUGGUGGACAAUUUCGACGAAGUUUUCUGUGAUAUUCUAGUGAGGGACGGCGAGAUGGUAUGCGUGGAGCUGGUCGCGUCCGACAGAGAGGGCGCGAUCCAGGGUGUAAUUUUCCUCGGUUCUAUCAGAUACGACGCGCUCAAGAAAGUAUACGACACGAGGUCUAGCUUGAGUACCAAAAUGGCGCAACGCAUGACCUUCGGCCUGUUUUCCGGCGCGGCCUCGCAGAGAAUAGAGUUCGUCCGAAUGAAAGGACCCCAUGGAAAAGGACACGCUGAGAUGGCUGUGACGAAGCCCAAGGGUUCGGGGGCGGAGACGCCUACGUCGGAGCCGGGUUACUGCGCCACGGAUUCCCUGUGGGACGCCGACUGGGACGACGCCGAGGAGUUGUUCAUGUACCGACAUCAACGAAGGCUGUCCGAUCCCAGCGCAAACUUGAACAAUUUCGUUCGCGGUGGCUGGAAGACGAAGCCGGACACGGCGUCGAUGAAGGCCAGGUCGGAGAACGAGGGUCUGGACUCGAUGGCGAACGGCCUGAGCGAGAUCGAGGCAGGGGACGUUCGAGAUGCCGACCUACAGGAUAGCAGCUGGGGCGGCCGGGGCUCACCGGGAAAUCACAGAAGUCCUCGUGCCAGACGACGAAGAUCCCCUCACCCUGGCAGGCAGCAACGACCGAAUCAAAAGCAACGUAACUCGUGGGAACCGGCCGGAAACGAGAACUCCCCGAACCGCAAGGAGGCCUAUCACGAAACACACGGCCUCCAGAACCACCAUCGUCACAAUCAUAUCGAGGUCGGUAGCGAGAUACUCGUGCCGGCGGCGCCCUGCCUGACGGACGACAACGUCAGACGGAAGCUGGACGCGGGCGCCAUAAUGGUCCACGGUAAGGAGGAGCUGCCGCUGGGAUACGAGGAGGAGGAGCAGGACAAUAACCGUAAACGCAGACCGUACAGCACCGGGAACAUCAUCAAUCAGGAGAGGAUGAACAACAUGGAGAACGAGGAGGAGCAUCGACAGCUGAGCGACGACGAGGUGUUCAGGUCGAGGCGGCCGGACGGGCGUCACCGUUUGCGGUCGGCCGGCUCCGACCAGGAGGAGUACUACAUCGGGAACAAGAACAAAAACGACGAGACGAUCAAAGAUAAAAACGCGAAUGCCCGUAUCACGCGCGGAAACCUGACCACGCACAGGCACAGCGCCACUCUGCCGAGGAGAAGACGAAGACGCGCGCUUUCCGGAAGCUUCGCGAGCAACCCACUCCCUCCUCACCGAGUCACACCAGACGGCACAGCCAUCUACUAUUGGUGCGAGCUCCCGCGCCGCCCCGGCUCACAGGAGCUGGACGACGGCGCAUACAACCCGUUGUGGACGAUGAGAGGAUUCACCCAGACCUUCCACUUGUGGAAAGAGACCAGGCGAGCCCAAUCCGUUCCCCUGAACGCGUUUCUCACGUACAUUACGUUGCCCUGGUGGAGCAUUGCCAAAGAUAUCCUUGAUCAUCGAGAAGGACCUAUUCUAACGUUUUAACCAACACGAAGUACUAAUACGGUUUCUACGGAGGGUUCCCCCUUUUCUCAUUUCAUUCCCCACUUUGUACUUUUUUGGGCAGAAAACUGUGGUCCAACAAAAUCGAAGAUAUGUAUAGAUUAAGAAAUAAACGAGAUACUAUU